GGAAAUGGCUGCUAGAAACCCUCUUUCAGAAGAAGAGCUUUCGUGUCCUGUGUGCUAUGAUAUCUUCAGGGAUCCUGUUGUUCUGUUGUGUAGCCACAGUGUGUGUAAAACCUGCCUGCAGAAGUUCUGGGAAACUAAGAGAUCUCGAGAAUGUCCAGUUUGCAGAAGAAGAUCCACUAAAGAUCAUCCUCCCUGUAACCUUGUACUGAAGAACGUGUGUGAGGCUCUUCUAGAGAGCAGGAGUCAGAGAUCUUCAGCAGGGUCUGAGGUGCUCUGCAGUCUGCACAAUGAGGAACUCAAACUCUUCUGUCUGGAUGAUCAGCAGCCUGUGUGUUUGGUCUGUCAUCUAUCAAAGACGCAUAAAAAUCACAACUGCUGCCCAAUAGAUGAAGCUGUGACUGAGUUUAAGAAUAAACUCAAAUCUGCUUUGGAGCCUCUACAGAAGAAUCUGAAAGUCUUAGAGGAAGCUAAACAAGACUAUGACCAAACAGCAGCUCACAUUAAGACGCAGGCCCAGCACACAGAGAGGCAGAUAAAGGAGGAGUUUGAGAAGCUUCACCAGUUUCUAAGAGAUGAAGAAGCAGCAAGGAUAGCUGCACUGAAGGAGGAAGAGGAGCAGAAGAGUCAGAUGAUGAGGAGGAAGAUUGAGGAGAUGAAUGGAGAAAUAUCAUCUCUUUCAGACACAAUCAGACACAUAGAGAAGGAAAUGGAGGCUGAGGACGUUCUGUUCUUACAGAACUUCAAGUCUACAGAGAAACAAGCUCAGCUCAAACCAAAGGAUCCAGAGAAGACAUCAGGAGCUCUGAUCCAUGUAGUGAAACACCUUUCCAACCUGAAGUUCAGAGUGUGGGAGAACAUGCAGGAGAUUCUCCAGUACACCCCUGUUACUCUGGACCCCAACACUGCACAUCCAGACCUCCACCUGUCUGAUGAUCUCACUGCUGUAGAAUACAGAAACCAGAGAUCAUCACUUCCUGAUAUUCCUGAUAAUCCAGAGAGAUUUGAUAAGUAUGCAUGUGUUCUGUGUUCUGAGGGUUUUAACUCAGGGAAACACUGCUGGGACGUCCAGGUUGGAGACAGUGAUAGCUGGGACCUGGGUGUGAUACCAGAGUCUGUAACAAGAAAAGGAAAAUGUUUCUGGCGUUCAGUGUGGCGUCUGGAAUAUUAUUCAGGUAAAUACUCGAUACGCUGUCCAGGACAGUCAGAUCUCUCCCUCUCACCUAAAGAGAAGCUGCAGAAGGUCAGAGUGCAGCUGGACUGGGACAGGGGGAAAGUGACCUUCACUGAUCUUCUACCCAACACACACCUGCACACUAUAACACACACUUUCACUGAGAGAGUUUUACCGUAUUUCUUUAAUGGGUCUGAUCAUCCUCUGAGGAUCUUACCAGUGAAGACGUCAGUAACAGUGGAACAGCACAGUUAAAGUUGAUGCUGCUUAGAAUGAACAUUUAUACAGGUAGUGAGUGUCUGAAUUAUGAUCAUAAGAAUAUGUCACUACAUGUAUAUUUUAAAUAAUGUGUUUGUACCAUUCCAUCCUAACAUGUCUGUGUGGAAGUAAAAUGCUGAUUUAAAGUGUCAUAGAGUGACUCCUGAUAUCAGUACAACAUUAGAAACGUUAUUUGAGUGAGAUUUCACUCAUUUUCAGUGUAGAUUUUAUUUCUCUAUCAUCCUGCAUUUUUCUCCAUCAUUAGAUCUUUAAAACUCUGCUUUGGUUCAGAGAUUAAUAGUUUACUGUGUGAAAUAAACUGCAUUAUAUUAUAAACUGAA